AUGGGCCGAAUCCAUUUCAAUCAAAGGCAGAAAACUCGAAUCAGGAACUUGAUUUUUGCUGUUGUUGGUGGAUUCCUCUUCAUCACUUGGAAUAGGGAAGGAGCCAAGAAUUAUGCUUUGAUACAAGACACAUCUGACCCCGGCUUCCAUCAGAUUCCCAACUAUGACAAGCCGAGAGAAGGUCCGGGUGAGGAAGGAUUGCCUGUUGAAUUGAAUGCUGAAGAGCAAGCUAUUGCUGAUGAGCAAAUAAAAAAAGUAUUUAUGAAUGUGAUAGCCAGUGAUAAGAUAUCCUUGGAUCGGAGCAUUCCGGACUCACGAUCAAAGGAGUGCCGUGCCCUGAACUAUGACCAUAUUUAUCGCAACCCUCCUACUCUUUCCGUUGUAAUCAUUUUCACCAAUGAGUUUUUCUCUUCCGUUCUGAGAACAGUUCAUUCCGUUGUUAAUCGGACUCCCAAAAGUUGGUUGAAGGAAAUUGUGCUUGUUGAUGAUGUGAGCGAAAGAGAAGAACUUAAGCAACCUCUCGAAGAGCAUAUCAAACGGUUUGGCUCAUUAGUUCGUCUUUAUCGUUCUACUGAGAGACUUGGAUUGAUCAGAGCCAAAGUUUUUGGAGCCAAGCAAACUUCAGGAGAGAUUCUAGUUUUUCUAGAUGCUCACUGUGAAGCUAAUGCAGGAUGGGCAGAGCCAAUUGUCAGCAGAAUACGCGAAGAUAGGAAAGCUGUUGUUUGUCCUGUGAUCGACUCUAUCUCUGAUACGAAUAUGGCUUACCUUGGAGGUUCUCAUGGUGGAGUGGGAACAUUCUGGUGGUCCCUUCAUUACAGUAUGGGCCCCAUGCCUAAAAAAGAGAUUGCUCGCAGGAAAAACCCUGAAACUGAUUAUAUCCGUUCGCCAACCAUGGCUGGCGGUCUAUUCGCAGCUGACCGAGACUACUUCUUCGAAGUUGGAGCUUAUGACGAAGAAAUGGAUAUUUGGGGAGGAGAAAACUUGGAGAUUUCCUUCAGAGUCUGGAUGUGCGGAGGAUCCAUCGAAAUACUUCCAUGCUCUCAUGUUGGACACAUUUAUAGAUCAGGACACCCGUAUGAUAUGACAGGGAGAAAUGGAAAUAAGGAUGUUCACGGUAUGAAUUCAAAAAGAUUAGCUGAGGUUUGGAUGGAUGACUACAAGAGAUUCUACUACAUGCAAAGAAUGGGAUUGAAGGACAUGGAUGCUGGAGACUUAACCUCUAGGAAAGAACUUCGGGAGAAACUCAAGUGUCAAUCUUUCAAAUGGUUUUUGGAUAACAUUAUACCAGAGAAGUUCAUUCUUGAUGAGAAUGUCCACGCUUUCGGGCUUGUGAGAGGAGAGCAUAACUUGUGUUUGGAUACCUUACAACGAUUGGAAAACAAGGGAAUUGUUAACUUAGGUAUCUACAACUGCCAAGAAGCUGGAAGCUCUUCAGAGUUCUUCUCAGUGUCUCGCCAGAAAGAGUUUCGAAGAGAAGCUACUUGUGUUGAUGUAGGAGAUUCUGUUUCGACUGGCAAAUUCGCUGUGCUAUUGCGAGAUUGUGACGAGAACAAUUUAAUUCCUUUCGAGCAUCCACAGGGUGGUGGCUUCUUACGUCACGUUCAAAGAGAUCUAUGUAUAGACAUGGAAGGAAUAGAAGCUACUGGGGAUGUGUACUUCACACAUUGUAAUUCCAGUAAGCCUAGUCAACAUUGGAAGAUCGGCCACUAUUAUGAUCUCACGGCCUAG